UAAAAGAGCCCUUUGCCCUUAUCUUAAUUUUAAAAUCCAUAUUUUAUUGUUCGAAAUAGAUACCAUAAAUGAAAUACUUUUGCCCAAUUGAUCGUUGGCCCGGCAGCCUCUGUGCAGCGCCAGAUCGACGAGGCUCUAUCCCUUUAAUUAUUGAACACCAAACAGGAUAGCAUCAACUCCCAUCUUUUAACGUAUUUUGGUCUGACGCGACCGGGGUUUGAACCCCCGACCUCCCGGUUGUGAGACGGACGCUCUACCAACUGAGCCACACCGGUCUGCACAGGUAUGCACAUCUAAUAGUACAAUGUACAUACUCUUUUAUCGCAACGCUCAUUAGUUUCAUACGGUUACUGUGUGUUAGUUACACUAACAUAAGCUACUGUAUUCUCUUAAAUGGCAUUCCAGCAAUUUAAUUGUAGUCAGUAUAAUUUAGAGUGGCUUCUACACGGAGGUUGCUUUUUGGUCUAAUUGCAUUGUUGUAUUAAACAAUAUACAAUCUAUUUGCCCUUUAUCGACGCAAGUUAAGACGUAAAUACUGCCACAUGAAGCAUAAUCAAUAUUCUCGGUGAUAUUGUGUCGGAUAUUUUUAUUUUGCAUUAGUUGUUUAUUAUAAUAAAACACAGAUAUCAAUGCAGAAUCAAGUUUUUAAUUAAAAGACAUGGACAAAAUACAAAAUUUGUUGUAUAUUCAGAUCAGAAAAAAGGACACUUUAAGGACUGAUUAUAGGAGCACCAGGAACAAUGAAGACAUAUAUGUUCUGAGCAAAUUAUGUUUCAUAAAGUUAUGAAAGAAUGCUUCUUAUGUGAAAAAAAACUUUGCAUAAUUAUAAUAUAAUAUAACAUUAUAAUGAACAAUGAUUUAUUCUUCCCCACUAAGUUUCUCUUCCUUUCUCCCUCUUUUCCUCCCUCCCCCAUUUUUCGCCAGCCGAUGGGGAGGGGGGGGGGGGGCACGUGCCCCCAUGCUCCCCGUAGUUACGCCACUGGCACGGAGGCACUGUCUUAUUUGAAGUCAUAUCUCAAAUGCUUCAAAUUUUAAGAGAAUCAACAACACUUUGCACUUCUCUUCUUAUCACUACUAUAAAUCAAUAACGUGAGGGUAGUCGGUAAAUAUCAUUUACGUCUGGAUAUUAUAUUCUCUCAAGUACAAUGUAAUAUCGACACGCUUUGGUAACACGGUAUGAACAGUUGUAAACAUCAUGUGGAUGGUUGCAACAAUGCACCAAUGAACUGCGUGAUUCAGCUAUUCUGAGAAAUAUAUUUCUUUCACAUUUUACGGAAUAAGGGCUUCACAACGUUCAAAUACACAGAGCGCUGCAGACAUUCAGAAGCUUCACUUGAUUUUCAACAUUCUUCUCUCAAGGUACGACGCGAAGACAGGUUGAAUUAACCUGCAGACAAUGAAUAAUAGUGAAGUUCUAGAUUCUUAAUGAAGGUUCAUUUUGACACUGUAUGACAUGAUACAGGCUAAAUAACGGCGGGACCAGUAAUUUGGCAGUAUGGAUGAUGUGUUUCAAAAGUUACAAAAAGCGGUAUCGAAAGGAAAGAUUAAGGAAGUAAAACAAUUAAUCAAAAAAUGUGCUAACAUAAACGAGGCAAACCAAGAUGGAUACACGUGUUUACACAUUGCAGUAAAGAACGACCAAAGGGAUAUCAUUCAGUUUCUCAUUAUUUACGGAGCUGAUGUCGAAAAGACUACCUCAGAGGGACAAACACCCUUACAUCUCGCUGCCUCACAGGGACUUCUUAAGGUCAUAAAAAUCAUUCUCCGUCAUGGAGGUAAAGUGAAUACACGGGAUCAUGAUUGUUGGACUGCAUUACACUUAGCAGCUGGGAAAGGUCAUCUUGAUGUAACCAAACAUCUCAUCAGUCAAGGAGCUGAAAUUGGUAGAGAGGGAAAAGAUGGUUGGACUGCAUUACACAUUGCAGCUAAGACUGGUCAUCUUUAUCUCACUAAACAUCUCAUCAGUCAAGGAGCUGAUGUGAAUAAAGGAAAUGAUGAUGGUAGUACUGCAUUAUACAUUGCAGCUCAGAAUGGUCAUCUUGAUCUCACUAAACAUCUCAUCAGUCAAGGAGCUGAUGUGAAUAAAGGAAAUGAUGAUGGUAGUACUGCAUUACACAUUGCAUCUCAGAAUGGUCAUCUUGAUCUCAGUAAACAUCUCAUCAGUCAAGGAGCUGAUGUGAAUAAAGGAAAUGAUGAUGGUAGUACGGCAUUACACAUUGCAGCUAAGAGUGGUCAUCUUUAUCUCACUAAACAUCUCAUCAGUCACGGAGCUGAUGUGAAUAAAGGAAAUGAUGAUGGUAGUACUGCAUUAUACAUUGCAUCUCAGAAUGGUCAUCUUGAUCUCACUAAACAUCUCAUCAGUCAAGGAGCUGAUGUGAAUAAAGGAAAUGAUGAUGGUAGUACUGCAUUACACAUUGCAGCUAAGAGUGGUCAUCUUGAUCUCACUAAACAUCUCAUCAGUCAAAAUGCGGAUGUGAAUAAAGAAAAUGAUGAUAGAAGUACUGCAUUAUACCUUGCAGCUCAAAAUGGUCAUCUCGAUGCCAUCAAAUAUCUCAUCAGUCAAGGAGCUGAUGUGAAUAGAGGGAAUGAUAGUGGUAGAACUGCACUACACAUUGCAGCUGAGAAUGGGCACCUUGAUGUCAUCAAACAUCUCAUUACUCACGGAGCUGGAGUGAAUAGAGGGCACUAUUUUGGUAGUACUACAUUACACUUUGCAGUUAUGAUGGGUCAUCUUGAUGUCAGUAAAUAUCUGAUCAGUCAAGGAGCUGAAGUGAAUAAAGGGGAUAAUGAUGGUAGGACUGCAUUACACAUUGCAGCUUGGUAUGGUUUUCUUGAUGUUAGCAAAUAUCUCGUCAGUCAAGAAGCUGAUGUAAAUAAAGAAAAUAAGGAUGGUCAGACUGCAUUGCUCUUAUCUGUCAAAAAUAGGUCUGUUGAAGUCAUUGAUUAUCUGAUAGGCCAAGGAGCUAAAGCCGACAGGGAAAUCGCUAAUGGUUGUGCAAAAAUACUGUCUGCCGUUCAAGAUGGUCGCUCUCGUAAAGCUAACAUUCCCCCAGGACCAAGGGAACGGUCUGAAGGAGACGAUAUCCACGGAACGACGCCUCUAGAGCUGUCUUUGCGAUUUGGAUUCCAAAACAUUGCUGAGAUUCUAGUCACAUGUUCCACAGCUGAGGUGACCGAAAGUUAUUUUCAUCAUGCGAUACUAUGCGGUCAUACUUCUGUUGUUGAGUAUCUAGUCAAUCGAGGAGCGGAUCUCAAUGUUCAGUUAGCAAACGGUCAGACGUGUCUUCAUGAAGCAAUCAAACUUUGCGACAGGACGGAGAGAAAAGUACAAUAUAGUGACACACUAAGAAAUAUUUCUGAUGAAUUUUACGUCGGAGAACUUGCUCCUGACAAAGCCUUGGUGUUCUAUUUGCUUGACAACGGAGCCAAGAUAGAUGUGGAAGAUAAGUCAGGUAGACUGCCAAUCCAUUAUGCCAAUGAUGAAGUGGUCAGACAGAUGAUAUUGUCAAGGUACUUUUUCAUACUUAAAUUCUCAUUUGUAAAACCUUAAGCUCAUACAUGUAUUCAAUCGUUCUAAACACAAUUUAUAUACAAAAUGCUGACGCGAACAAUCAUACAAAAGAUUCAAAAUAGUUUCGAUAACCUUUUUUUAUAGCAAGUCCCUUUAGUAUUUCAUUUUCAAACUAACUCAUCCUUUUAAAUACUGUCAUAAAAAAGCAGAAGUGUUUUGUAAUUUGUGUAAUUUCUAAAACAUUUUUCCUAUGUAAUUUCAGUAAUUGAUAAUGCAAACAAAUACAAAAUAGAAUUAAUAAAAUUAUUUUUUUCCAUUACACGUCUCUUGAUGUAUAUUUCUUUCCUUCGAAACCGUGUUAACAGCGAAUGAAGCAUUUAUUUAUUCAGAAACACUUUUACCAAAACUUAAAAAAAAAUGUCUGGUGAAUGUAUUUCUAGGACAAACCAGUGUUAAAAAAGGAAACAAAAAAUAUCAUUAGAGAAAACUGAGAAAAAUACCAGCAUUUUUUUUUCACCUGCAUAGCAGAGUAAGACUAUAGGCGCCGCUUUUCCGACGGCGGCGGCGUCAACACCAAAUCUUAACCAAAGGUUAAGUUUUUGAAAUGACAGCAAAACAUAAAAGUAUAUAGACCUAGUUCAUGAAACUUAGCCAUAAGGUUUAUCAAGUAUUACUUAACAUCCUGACUGAGUUGUAGGUCACAUGACCAAAGUCAAAGGUCAUUUACGGUCAUUGAACUUAGACCAUGUUGGGGAAUCAACAUCAAAAUCUUAACCUAAGGUUAAGUAUUUGAAAUGACAGUAAAACUUAGAAAGUAUAUAGACCUAGUUCAUGAAACCUAGCCAUCUAGUAUUACUAAACAUCCUCCUUGAGUUUCAAGUCACAUGACUAAGUUCAAAGGUCAUUUAGGGUCAAUGAACUUUGGCCCAAAUCUACUGAAUUACCAUCAUAACUUUUAACUUUUUUGAUCUGAUUCGUGGAACCUAGACAUAAGAGUAAUCAAGUAUCACUGAGCAUCCAGUGCGAGAUUUAGGUCACAUGAUCAGGGUCAAUAGUCAUUUAAGGUCAAUCAACUUUAGCGAAGUUGGGGUUUGUUUGUUGAAUUACCAUCAUAACUUUUAAAAAUGAAUUGGUCUAGUUCAUAAAACUUAGACAAUGAAAAGAGUUAUCAAGUAUAACUAGACAUCCUGUGCGAGUUUCAGGUCACAUGGUCAAGGUCAAAGGUCAUUUAAGGUCAAUGAACUUUGGCCAGGUUUGGGGUAUUUGUUGAUUUACCAUCAUAACUUUGAAGGUUUAUUGGUCUAGUUAAUUAAAUUUGGACAUGAGAGUAACACUGAAGAUCCUUUGCAAAUUUCAGGUCACAUGAUCAAGGUCAAAGGUCAUUUAAGGUCAAUGAACUUUAGCCAAGUUGGGGUUUAUUUGUUGAAUUAUCAUCGUAACUUUGAAAAUGUAUUGGUCUAGUUCAUACAUUUUUGACAUAAUGUAAGAGUAAUCAAAUAUCACUGAACAUCCUGUGCGAGUUUCAGGUCACAUGAUCAAGGUCAAAGGUCAAUUAAGUUUGGCCAUGUUGGGGGUAUCUGUUUAAUUACCAUCAUAACUUUAAAACUUUAUGCAUCUGAUUCAUGAAACUUGGAAAUAGGAGUAAUCAAGAAGCAUUGAACGUCAUGUCCGAGUUUCAGGUCACAUGACCAAGAUCAAAGGUCAUUUAAGGUCAAUUAACUUUGGCCAAGUUGGGGGUAUUUGCUGAAUUACCAUCAUAACUUUGAAACUUUAUUGGUCUAGUUCAUAAAAAUUCAACAAAAGAGUAUCACUGAACAUCCUAUGUGAAUAUCAGGUCACAUGCCCAAUGUCAGAGGUUUAUGAAUUUUGGCCAUGUUGAGCAUGUUAAGGGUACAUAACUCUGAAAAUUUAAAGAUCUGAUUCAUUAUACUUGGACAUAACAUAAUUUAAAAGUUUAUAGAUCUGAUUCGUGAAACUUUGACAUAAGGGUAACCAGGUAUCACUUAACAUCAUGUGCGAGUUUCAGGUCACAUGACCAAGGUCAAAGGUCAUUUAAGGUCAAUGAACUUUGGCCAUGUUCGGGGUGCCAGUGUCAUAGGCGAAUUGGACCGGGCAGCCGAUCGGGGCCGGAGGAACUAUCCGCCGAUUAGUUCCGAGUUUUUUGUAUGAUGCGAUCGUCAUAGCCGAUUUGUUCCGACCAGGCGAUUUGUUCCUAUACGCCGUUCAUUCAACGUUGACACCCCUAAAGCAAAAAUGUCCUUUUCAACCAACUGGCUCCUCAAAAUUAACCACAUCCACAGAACAGUACAGUUGCCGAUUUGAGAAUCUUAUUUUGGGACAUAGAGAUGUCUAUAUGUUUUGGAAAUAUAUAAUUUAUGCAUUAUUUUAGCACACUUCUAGCACAUUGAUUACAUGUGUAUGGGGCCACGAAGCAAUAUUCACACUGAGUGCUCCCUUUGCACGCCUGUGCUAUUCGGGGUGUGAACUUCGAUUUUGUAUAGAUCUAGGUCUUCAUUACUUAAGUAAGAAACCGGGGCAAGAAAUAGGACGGGAUGGCGACUGUUGUGCUGAGGGCAGGUGGGGGUAAACACUGAUGCGUGCUCACCAAAACCCCCAAAGUAAGUAUAUAACAAAUAAUAAUAUAUAAAUAAAAGAACUAAGAGCUUAAUAGUCCUUCAAGGCUGCCCAAAACACAGGGAACUCUCAGUGACACCUCAUCGAGACAAACCACACACAUGCACAUAUUCAUUUUUUUUGGAGGGGGGGGGGCUUAGGGGCUAAGGAAACCCGGGUAUUCCAAAAAGGAGAAGGAAAUAAAUGAAAAUUAAAGGGAGAGAAAAAAAAGAGAUUCGAAGAAGAGAUCGCAAAAUUAAUUGGGAGAAAGUAUAAAAAGAGAAAGGGGGGAGGUAAGAGGGAAUUAAGCCGAAAGGAGAGAAAAGGAAAGCAAGAAGGUGGACAAAGGGGAUUUUAAAAGGUUAUAAAAGAUCGUGGGCGACCAUUUGAAGUGUGACCUGUAAGGAGGUGCCGAAUUGAUCAUAAUUAUGACGACUCAAAACUGGUCCUAGCUUCUUUCGAUCAUCAAAGCUUGGCGCAAUAAGAUAUACUAAGCUACAAAGUUAUGUAUUUUUAUUUCUUUCCAUUGAUCAUUGAAGUAUAAUGGCACCGACGUUCUGUCCGCUGGUCAUUUCUUACGCUAUAUAUUUCACCAAAUGUAUACAUAUGAAGAAAAAGGAAAAUGAUAUAAUCAGGGGCGGCGGAGCAAAUUUGAGAGUGGAAGGGGCACGGGAAAAGGGGGGCACUUCCUCUAUUGAAAAGUGAACUUAAAACAAAUAACAAUUUUAUAAGAAAAUAGUCUACUAUCUACCCA